GGGUCGGCGAUGGCGGCCACCGUCUCCAGCGCUCGACACCCGCUCUCGCAGCUGGGGCUACCGCUGCCCGUCGCCUCCACCGUCCUGUUCGUCCUCGUUGCCCUCUCCGUACUGACUUUCAGUGAAGCAGCAACGGUCGGUUGCCGGCACGAGGGCGUCACGGUACCGGAGGGCGGCGUGGUGGCGACUGCGGCGCCGUGCCUCUCGUGCCGCUGCUUCUCGGGGUCGCUGCAGUGCCGCCUGCAAGUGUGCCCGCGUAUGCCACAGCCGCAGCAGCUGCCACUGGGCUGUCGCCUGCAGCUUCAACCGGGGAAAUGCUGUCCGCAGCUCGUUUGCGGUUGCACCGUGGGUGGUCAACAGUACACAGAGGGAGUUCGUAUUGAAGUGGACAGAGCACAGUGUAAGCAAUGUUACUGUAUACGAGGACGAGUGCAAUGCACUACACUGAAGUGUUCUCCACCAAUACAUGGAUGUACUCCAGUAAUCUCUAACAUCAGCUGCUGCCCUACAAGAUAUGAGUGCAAUAGACAUGAUGAGGAAAGGGCAACAGGUACUACAAGAGCAUCAUCAAUUGAGUUACAGGGUACAAUCUCUUCAGUGGGAAAAAAGAAAAAUAAGAUAUUUGAAAGAGGGCCACUGCAAAACUAUAGCACAACUACUAACAAUGCUAAUCGAUCUCCAGGUACACAAGAACGAAUUCAUCGUGAGAUGGGGCCUAUUGACAUGGAAAAUAAAAUUGUAUCCAAUAAUGGGACACAAAAUUCUACAGCAAAUAACACGACCACAGAAGAAGUGGAAACAACUACAAGUGACAUUCAGAAUGCAACUACACUCAAUUUCACUUCAGAGGAAAAUGUAACACCUACAAUCAUGACAGAAACAAUUCCAGCUUUUACUGAGCCUGAAAACACAACAGAGAAUCUAAUACAAAAUGAGACAACUGUAGCAAACAUAAUCACUGCAAUGGAAAGAAUUGAUAAUCUAAGCCCUGAAGACAAUAAAACUGAAAAUGUUACGAGUAAUGAAAUUACAACUGAAGUUACAGAUGAUAUAAUAACCUUGCAAACUGAAUCUACUUUUAUGACAAUCAUACCUACAACAAUCAUAAUGCCAGAAGAACUUGAUACUGUAAAUGUGACAGUUCACACUAAUGUCAGUAUUUCUGACCCUGGGACUAACAACACAUCACUAUUAAACAACUCAGCUCCAUCAGAAAGGGUUAUACCACCAGAGAUUGAAGCAAUAAUCAACAUAACACAAAAGAAGGAUCCAGAUUAUGAUGAAUAUGACUACAAUGUACCUUCACUUCCGCCAUCACUACCUGGUGUCAGAAUUAUACCUUUUGUGGCAGCAGAUGCAGUUUUGGAGAACAAAGGUAGCCCUACAGUGUACCCAAAGCCAGGGAAACAAAGGCCUACUGAAAAUCCAGUUUUCUACAAAGUUUCUCAUCCCAAUCUGUUCUCUCCGCCAAUAGAAACAGAAGGAGGAUUUGUACCUCAAGUGUCAAAUCUUGAUGGACCCUUCUACGAAUCUAAAUAUGACAUCCCGUAUCAUACUACAGGUGUCAACAUUCCUGAAAGUCACAUCCAGUUGGAUAUAACUACUGGAACAAUAAUCCCGCCAUCCAUUACAAUACUACCGAAACCUGAAAAUGAAAGAUGUCUCUCAGAUGGCCAUGAGUAUCGGCAUGGAGCAGUGGUACCCGGUGGAACUAGGUGCUCUACGUGUGCAUGUUACUUUGGCGAAAUUCUUUGCCAGUUAUCACCAGCAGCAGCAUGCCCUCCCCCUCCACCAGGCUGCCGUACUACACCAACAGCAACUCAUCUUGAUCUUAAUACAUGUUGCCCUAGGGUACUUUGUGGUGAUAUGAGUUCGCCAACAACAGCUGUAGACAUACCACAGCUACCUGCACCCCCCAUAAAACCAAAUAUCAUACCAGGAGUGACACGGAAGCCUGUAACUGUGGCAUCUGGUGUUGUGACACCUGACCCAUUUCGUGAUGUUAUUCGUACGGAACCAGCACCUGAUCUCCCGGCCCUCAUUGGUGAUAUGAUGUUACUUGACCUACGCACAUCUACAACUCCAAUGCCAAUUAUUACCAGUGAGACUCCUGCAACUGAUAAAUCAUCAGAACAGCAUGAAACAUCAAGUCCAAGAAGUAACAUCACUCUUGAAAAAUUACCUUUUCUAUUAACAGGUCCUGGCCCAGUUAAUGAUAGCUCGAAAAAUGAAACAGAAAUGAAAGAUGAAGAUGAUUCAGCUCAUUUAUUUGAUAGUGUCUUGCAGUUUCUCUUCCCUGUAGAUUCACCUAAUGUUUCAACAAAGAUGUCUCCAAACAUGUUUAACGCUUCAAAGCCUCCAUCACUGAUUACAAUAAGUAAAAACCACAGUAAUAUAAAUACUAUGAAUUUAAAUAAUUUACAUAAUGUCAGUGACUCAUCAGAAAUGUCAGCUGUUUUCAUUACUGAUUCUAGUACCCACAAAAGAGAAAAAAAUGAAAAUGAUAAAGACAUGUUAACAACAUUGCCAAAUGGAUCACUAACAACUACUGACCAGCCACAAAUACUGUCUGCAGACCCAGGUGCUGCCUCAGGUUUGCUGAAACUGGCUGGGUGCAAUAUCUAUGGACGCAUGUAUCGUGUUGGUCGUAUUAUUUCUGAACUGUCAGGUCCAUGUCUAGAGUGCAUGUGCACUGAAGUUGGGGUUCAAUGCAGACCACUUGACUGCUGACAUAACGUCUUUCUUUAGUGUCAGUGUAAAGCAGCAUAAGACUUAUGACAGCAGGUGCACAAGGACUACACAUUAUAAUGUUCACUCAGAUGGGCUCACUAUUGUAUGUUACUGUGCACAUGGUUUUGAAUAUUUUAUCUGUAAAUUUCAUGUAGAUAAACAAAUACUUCUGAGGAGAGAGAUUCCAGAAUUGCAAAUAAACUAUAGCUGCGCUACAUAUCUGCAGAAGUUCCAUUUUUUUUUACUUGCUUAGAAAUUUCUUACAUUAUAGCAUCUUAUAUUAAUAUAGCAUAAUAUGUGUUACAAAAACAUUGAGAGGUAACACAUUUGCUCACAUCUACAACUUUUUUAAAAUGUCAUUAAGGCUCUAGCAUUCAUAAUAUAUUUGUGGCAAAAUAAAAGUAUUAACAACAAUUUUACAAUAUUUAGUACUUUUAAGUAAUCUGUAUUUGAACCUAAAGUAUGGAAAAUCAUCAAAUCUUGAUUUGUUUUUGGGAUAAGUGAGUCCACUGAGAACAUUUUUGUAGUCAUGUCAUAUGAUGACAUACGGUAAUUUAUUUUUUAAUAUAUGUGCAUUCACAGUCCUGCAUUUCAUUCAAGAAAGAGCUUUUAUAUUUGUUGCAUUUUAGCAUUUUAGUGAAAAUUUGUUAGAUAAAAGUCUGCAGAUUUCAUCUGGCCUAGUAUUUACAAACAGUUAAAAGAGCAUUUCACUUUGUAAAGAAGCCCAUUCAGCAAGGGAAAGAAAUGCAUCUUUUUACGUGAAUGUACAUGCACCUCAUAUUUUCCACCAUUGACAGGCCUCACCCACCGAAUUUACUUGUAUGCAGGAAAUGUGAUUACAGUAUUACCUCAGUCCAGUUAUAUCUAUUUGAGAUAAAAAAUCUUGUCACUAACCUUAAUAACACCAUCAGUUCUUGCCACAGCAUUCUUGUCAUUCCUCCAUACCAUGAAAAUUGUGUAAUCUGUUUAGUAAAGUACUAUAUCACACAUGUACAAAUAACAAAAAGACCUUCUUUCAUCAAGACUGUAACAUUUUUAUGAUACUGUGUUUAAACUUUUAUUUAAAUUAUAAUAUGUAGAUAUUAAGUUCUUCCAGUCUUUUGAGAAUGUGUCCACUUUGCUUUGUUAUAAAAGGAAUUGAGAUGUUCAAACCAAUCCAAAAUUCUUUAUGUAAUCUUUAAAUAUAGUAAGGAAAGUUCUGGCAAAAUGUAAAUACUUUAGGAGUAAAGGAGACCACUCACCAAAUACCAUAAGAUUGAGUCAUCAACAAAAACACACCAAAGAGGAAGAAUACUUGAUAGCAUUUGGAAAAAAUCCUUUGUUGAGUUAGAGUACAACACACACACACACACACACACAUACACACACAUACAGACACACACCACACACCAGUACCCUAUGUUGUUCUGGUUGGACACUCGGUCAGCACAAUGUUGGCGCACCGAUGUGCACGCCUGUGUGUGUGUGUGUGUGUGUGUGUGUGUGUGUGUGUGUGUUUGAGAUUUGUACUACAAAGGAUUUAUUCGGAAUGCUAGCAAGUUUUGUUUUUACUUUGUGUGUGCCCGUAGACAGCUCAAGGCACAUGCUAUUCAAUGCGUGGACUCCUUUACUCCUAAAGUAUUUACUUAAUCUGUGAUAUUUAUGGAAUAUAUAAUUUAAUUUUUUCAAGAUCACUGGAACUGAAUGUAGCUUUAUAUUCCUCUUUUAGCUUAACCAAGCAACACAUUUGUUCAAAAUGUUCUCUUGGUGCCAUUUAGCUCAUUAUAAUUUUUAAAAUAAAAUGUGUUGGCAAUGAAUAACAUUAUGGCUUGGUUACUUAUUUGCAUGAGUAUUGUAAAGUAAUUUAUAUGUGAGAUAACGUGAUAAUAUUAUUAUUAUUUAGGUUUCUAAAGUAGAAUAUCAGAAUAUGCAUUUCAUAGAGCACUGUGGACAUAUUUUGCUGUAAUAUUUAAAUAUCCAAAGUGUUACUUAGUGAUAGAUUUAUAUUUAUCAUGAAGAGGUGAUAAAAGGUGCCAAACAGAGGCUUUAAUUAAUUAUACAGAAUAAAUGGAGAACUCUCAAAGGAAGUUCUUGGUUUUGUGUUUCCAUGUUGUCUUGUUGAUUUUUGUUACAUUAUUUUGUAAUGCUUUUUGGUGUGUGUGUAGACUUAUUAAAUAGUAAACAUUGCAAGUAAUUAGUUCUUAAAGUGAGUGCUGUGACAGGUUAGGCACUUUAGUAAAAUAAAGCAAUAGUUUAUGGAGAAAUGUCAUUCAUUGGUGCAAAUUAACUAUUUGCAACUCUGACCAUCAUAAUUAUUAGUUCUGUAAGACCCUCCAUAAUAAAAGAAGAAGAAGAUAAAGCUUUUAAAAGUAAUAUGCGCACAUGAGAUUAAUUGCAUAAUAGUGUAUUCUUAAUGUAUUUAUGUUUUUUUGGAUGAUGAUUGUUCAAAUUAUAACAAAAAAUAAACUGAGUGAAAAAACUGAUAGUAACAAAAA